AUAUUUCACAAUUGUCUUGAAUAUAUAAAACAAAUACAAACAAAGCAAAAAAGUAGUUCGCAUAUUUCAUCAAAAAACACAACUCGUUUUUAUACAAUUCGUUUAAAAUAAUAAUAUUAUUGUUAAAAUAAUAGAUCACCUGUUAGUUAAGUUUUAUUUAAUAUAAGAAGCAACAAAAAAUGGCUGCCAAUACAAAUUCGAAUAGUCCAGCAUGCCCAUGGGGUCAAAUUACCAAACCCGCAGUGGAACCCAUGAAUUUUGCAACGAUUGUCAAAACUCAAAAACUAGAAAAAGAACUAAAGCUGGAAACGGAAAGGGAGAAACGAAAACUACGAGAGAAACAAGAUCUAGAAGAGGCCUUAGUGCGCAGUUUGGAGGAUGCCACAAAAUUGGAGGACGACACUUGGGACUUUGUUGACAUGGAGGAAUUCGAUGCUAAUUUGCCUCCUGAAGUGUUGGCAUUUCUAAAAAGUGAAGAGGAAGAAUUAAUGGCACAGGAAGCGGCAGCUUCGACUGUCUGUGAUUCAGAUGCUGUUAUUGCUCAAAUGUUGCAGGCUCAAUUCGACAAGGAGUACAACGAAGAUUUGAAACGUAUAGAGAAGGCUCACAAUAAACAAUCGAAGGUUACGGUAUGUUUGGAUAAAUAUCGCAAGACCUAUUUGAAGGAUGUUGGAGAAGAAUUGGAAGAUAAUUAUGAGGAUGAACCAUUACGUGAUAAAAGUGACUGGGAUCGUUUUGAUGCCAAUGAACGUUUACUAGAGGCCAUACCCAAAUGUGGUUAUACGGUCGACAAAGAAGGUGAAAUGAUUACUAAACAUGAUGAAGAAUUGUGCGGUGUGCGCAAUGCCUGCCGUAUGAUGUCAUUUCCUUUGGAGUUUGCUACCGGUGAUGGUGCUGGUUUCGAAAUGAAGCUAUCCAAUAGGGUUUUUAAUCAACUUAAGACACAUUCGCGCAAAAGCUAUAAAAAAACUCAUCGUAUGCAGGAUCGUAAGGAUAAUGCAGCAACCGCUGAAAUGGGCGUUGAUGGCCGUACACGUUUGUUGCUGUAUAAAUUAAUCAAUAAUCAAAUAUUGGAACAAAUCAAUGGUAUUAUUUCCACCGGCAAAGAAGCCGUCAUUUUGCAUGCCAAUUCCGAUCCUACAUUCAUCGGCGAUGAUCCCGAUCAUCCGCAACUAAUGCCCAAAGAAUGUGCGGUAAAAAUUUUCAAAACUACUUUAAACGAUUUUAAACAACGUGAUCGUUAUAUCAAAGAUGAUUAUCGCUUUAAGAAUCGUUUCAAUGUUCGUUUUAGUAAGCAAAAUAAUACGAUCAUUAUCAAUAUGUGGGCCGAGAAGGAAAUGCAUAAUUUAAUGCGUCUUCAUAAUGCCGGCAUAAGAUGUCCUGAAGUGGUUAUAUUGAAAAAUCAUGUUCUUGUUAUGUCAUUUAUUGGUGAGAACAAUAGAGCAGCGCCCAAAUUAAAGGAUGCUAUAUUGACUACGGCUGAAUGGAUUGCUGCCUAUGAUGAGGUAGUCGAAGCCAUGCAUAAGUUGUAUAAUGAAGCCAAGUUGGUUCAUGCUGAUUUAAGUGAAUAUAAUAUUCUUUGGCAUGAGGGAAAAUGUUGGUUUAUUGAUGUGGCUCAGGCUGUUGAACCGCAACAUCCAUCGGCUUUGGAAUUUUUAAUGAGGGAUUGUAAUAAUAUAAUAACGUUCUUCAGCAAGAAAGGUGUUCCUGGGUGUCAUACAAAGGAGGCAUUAUUUGAGCACAUUACCUCCCUGAAUGCUGAAACGCUUGAUGUAGCCCAGUUGGAACGUAUCCAUACUAAAGGUGCCAAUAUACAAUUGGCCACUGCACCCAAUCAAGAUGAUUGUCCAGCUGAAUUGAAACCUCUAGAAUAUCCCUUUGAUCUGGCUUGGGAAAAAACUAUUGAAAAGAACAGUAGUAUUGAGAAUGAUGUGAUUAUUGAUCAGGCAGCUAAUGCCAUGAAUGUCCUUAAUAUAGAGUGUCGUUUGCAGUCCGCUUUAAACGAGUCUAAAGAAGAGAACAUGCCACAACCUAUUGCUGCUAUUUCUAACACUUAUACUGCCACAGAAUAAGUUUGGAAAUGUUUAAAAUAUUAUGAAUAAUAUAGAGUUGAGUAUAACUCAGUUUUCUUUGUAACUGAUGGAAGUAAAAUAAACUAUUUUUACUGUUAAUAUAGAAUAUGGACAUAAAUGAAAAACCAUA